AUUGUUGACGAUUUGUACCUGUAUCAGUGGCAACACUGUUCUCUCCCUAUCACUCAGCAUCACCGAAAAUUGAUAAUUAAUUUCGAUUUGUCUCAUAUUUUGUUUAUACUUUUUAGCAAUUUACAUUAAUUAAUUUCACCGAAAUGAAUAUGAAUUUGAGAAUAUAUAUCCAUUUCUGAGCCAUGUAACAUUUAGGAACAAGAUUCGCUCUCAGAUCCCUGAAACAACAUCCUGUUGAUAUACGAUGAUAAUGAUUCCAGAGGUAACAGUCUGAAAUUGAAGUACAACAUUCCACUCCUCGAAUUCUUUAAAAAUGGUGUUCUUUUUCGAUGUUUUCCAUUUCGCUGGGCAGAUGGUUGAUACCAUCGAAGAGCUGGUAGCAAUGACAGUUACUAAUCAUAAUAAAUUGUUGAUAGCUCAAUCAGAUUUUUCAAUAGAAGUCAGAGAUCUUCUAUCAGAAAAUAAAGAACCGUUGUUUUCAUUUCCAACCGUAGACAGAGUUCAGUGUUUAACCCAUUGCGCUUCUGGUAAUUAUAUCGCUACUCUUGAAGGCAAACAAACUAAUCAAAAAUCAGAUGUACUCAUCGCUCGUGUUUAUAUCAACUGGGAAACUGAUUUCGUCGUCAACGAAUGUAAAAAAUGUACUAAAUACGUUAAACGUUUUAUGAGAGCUAGAAUAGCAGGUGUAGUUACUCCAAGCUGCACGAAAGACGAUGAAGAUUAUCUAGAUAUGAUUGAAAUUCCUGUAUCUUACUCUACUGCAACUUGUAUUACAUGUUGUCAGAAAACUGGUCGCCUGUUGAUAGCCAGUGGUUCGACGUUGUAUCUCUUUCAAAAAGUUUAUUUACGAGGUCAUAAUGGUAAAAGUCCUGCAUUUAUUGAUUUCGUUCCUUUGGCUCAAAUAUUCCAAAUGAGCUUUGCUCCUGUAUCCGUAACGAUUUGUGAAAAUGUCAUCACUGCCAAUAACCAUAAAAUGGUUUCGGUGUUCAGAUUAAAAAGAGUUGCAGGAAGCGAUGAAGUAAAACCUGAACCGACAAGCAAUGAAAAUACUUCAAUUUACGAGGAUAUCAUUCCUGAAACUAGUCUUACUCCAAAAAAUGAAGUCAUGACCAAAAACGGCGCUAUUCACAUCAACAAUUUGAUCACGGCGUUGAAGAGUAACGAUGAGACGAAAUAUUUCAAAACGUUGAAAAAUAUACUUUCACCGAAUUCGUUUCCAAUUCCUGUUUAUUUAAAAGGUGUAAAUGAAACUUUAACUGAUCAGAAGAAAACUCCUUUUGUUAUUCUUCCACCGAGAUCACAUUGCGAAAUAAAAAAUACAAAAAUCGAAGAUAACUUCGUUGAAACUCAUAGUUCUAGUAAAGAAAUCAGUGUUAUGGCAGAAAGUUUAUUAGCUUUGCAUUUGUGUGAUCCUGAUGAAAUUAUUGUCAAAACUGCUCUUCAAGUGCUAACUCGUGAUUCUCCUCAAAAACCAGGAAUGGACAAUUAUUACGAACAAUUUUGCGUCGGUGGAAAACAAUUCAUUUGCUUGAAUUUUUUGAUUGUGAUUGGUCAAGAAGGGUAUCUGUUUCACUUGAAUGCUGAUAAACUUCAAGAUGGAUUACAAUUUGUCACGUUUUUUCAUUUUGCCACACAAGUCAUCAGUGCGACUUUUGAAUCGUGUUUUUUGCAUUUAUUGACCAGAAUAGGCGUAGAAACUUACAAUAUUCCUACCUUGAGGCCGAUCGUUUUCAACGAAAUUCCGGUUCUUAACAAAUGUACCGAAUGGGCUUCUGUGUUUGCAUUUACCACGUUCAUGGGAGUUUUUAAUUUUGUCAGAUCUGAUGAUUGUAUUGCUGUGCUUACUACGUCGACUGAAGGAAAAAAAGGAAAAGAAAGUCUUCCUUGGACGGUUUAUUCGUUGAAGUUACCAAAAAUAUACGAUACUUUUAAAGAAAUUGAAGAAAUGUGUAAAUAUUUAGACGAUAAUAAAGAUACCAAGAGAUACCUGCUAACUGAAGGUUAUCUGAUGAUGCAAAUGGCUUUGAAUUUUCACUAUUGUAUCACCAAUAAAGACGAUAUAAACCAAGUUCUCGAGCAUUUUAAAACCAGCACCAAGAAUCUAGUCAAAUUGUAUUUCGAGAGUAAAAAUCUCGAAGAUACGAAAACUGGUACAGCGAUCGCUCUCUCUUCCAAUAUCAAUCCUGGCGAAAUAAUUAAAGAAUUUGAAAAAGAUGAAAGUUACACUCCUCAUAUCAUGUACAUGUUGAAAAAAUGGAUUGUCAAGAACGAUAACGCUAUUUCAUCCACGAACGCCGAAUGGAUUAUUCGCUUGUUAGAAGACAACAACGAAAUUUCCAAGUUGACCCAGUAUUUAAUUUUUAAUGAAAAAAUUUGUCGUUCUGAUGGUCAUCGAGCAGUACCGUUUUUGAAACGAUCUCUUCAUUCAACGGAACCUCCCGAUGUCCACGUGUUAUUCGUGCUAUGUGUUUUAUACACGCAGCAGUGCUUACAAAGUGAAGCUAUAGAGAUACUGGGAUCACUUAGAAAACAAAACGGUGAUUUCAAAAAAGCUUUCAUCGACGUUGCUAUCGAAAAUUGGACCUUUUUGUUCGAAAAUGUUACCAAAAACGAUAACGAAUUAACCAACUUUUCCGAAUUUACCAGCGUUCUGAUAGAAAACUUACCUCAUGAGACGUCGGAAAUCCUGACUAAAUUAAUUAAAAACGAAAUUUUCCCAUUAGCUGAUGUUGUUCAAAUGUUACUGAAGCAAAUCCCAUGCCAGGUAUCAAUGGAAAAGGGCCAUCUAGUCUUACAAACGUUUUUAGAAUCAGUUUUCUCGCGAAAAAUUGUCACUACUGCUAAUGACCCCGGAGUAAAUAACUGUUUGAAGAUACUUUUGAGAUCAUAUUUGACGCAGCUUCGAGUCAAAGUUCCUAAGAACAGCAGUUCUGCGUUAGUUAUACCUGAACCGAUUUUUGGUGAAAAGUUACCCGAAUAUAUUAUCUACUUACCAGUUGUAGACAGUUGUAAUUACGUUGCAUUAAGAAAAUUACAGGAUCUAAUAUGGAGUAAAUUACUAACUGAAGAUGCUGUAAAAGAAGUUAUCGAUACGUUACCCAGUAUGGAAAUGAAAUUAAAUGUUUUAGCCAUGUUGAAUAGUUUCGAUGUAGCGAAGGAGUUGGUUAAAAAUAAUUGUUUUUCCGUUAUUUUUCCUUACGCCAAAGUUUGUUUCAGCGGAGUGAAAAAAUGGAGAGAUUUGAUCAUCCUUGUACAAAAUCGUAUGGCUGAAAUUAAAGAUACAGAAAGAAGUAACGCGGAAUACGAAGAAAUUUUCGAUCAAAUUCUGGAUCAUCUAUCUCACACAAUGACUCCUUCGCAACUGAAUGCUGUCCUCGAGCCAAUUAUUCCCAAGAAAGAUGACACUUAUUGGAAACACAUCAUGAAAGCGCAGCAGAUAUCAUAUGCGAAAGAUGUGAAAGAUUUAAUUAUUAAUACUAGUCAACAAUUAUUGAAUUCCAAUUCUUUAUAUUGAAAUUACUCUGACACAAAUUUAUCGAAUAAUAUUUGUUUCAAAAUUCAUAUUUUUUUCAUUUUUCAACUUAGCAAAAUGUUUUCCAUGUCGAUGUGUUGAUUUUCAUGUUUGUAAUUCUUUAUGAUUUUUUUGUUGUAGUUUCAGUUUUUUUAAAUUAAAAAUAUCUGAAAAUUUUUAA